AUGCGUUACGGGAGGAUGCACGAGGGCGAAGCCGUUGCUGCCUACGAGCAACUCAUGGGUGCGCAGGUUGACUCUUUGGAGGUGCACGAGACAGGGCUCCACAUCCAUCCUGUGUACAGCUUUGUGGCUGCCUCAUCGGACCGCAUCGUUACCACGGAUGGCGAAGAGGGCCUUUUGGAGGUGAAGUGCCCGUCAUCUAAGGUGGGGCUAGCACCUCUGGAGGCGUGCAAGCAGGACAAGGAGUUUCGCUGCGAGGAAGUUGGUGGAGAGAUCCGCCUAAAGAAACGUCAUGCCUACUACUACCAGGCUCAGGGUCAGAUGGCUGUGACUGGACACAAGUGGUGCGACUUUGUUGCCUGGACCAACAACAAGACGGUCGCCCGCUCUACGCACACAGAGACCAUCGUUUUCGACGAGAAGUUUGUCGAGGGUGAGCUCCUGCCAGGACUGCUGUACUUCGCUGAGCAUGCCCUGUUUCCGGAAGUCCUGACUGGCCGCAUCAGGCGACGAAGAGACCUCAUCGCACUCGGCCGGUAUGUCUCCUACAAGAAGUACUGCGCCGGCUUCUAUGUGGUGGAGGAUGGGCCUGGCCUCAAGAAGUAG